GGCAACUUAGAGAGUAGAGAGCCGCUUCUUGAGCUGUCAGCAUCCUCCGCCGCCGCCUGCAGCAGCCUGGGGUCCCGGAGGAGCGGAGCUCUAUCCGUCCUGCUGCCAUCAUGUUGACCGAUAGCAAUGUGGAGGAGUUUGAGAUCAAGGAGGAUGAGCCGUGGUACGAUCACCAGGACCUGCAGCAAGAUCUACAGCUUGCAGCUGAACUUGGUAAGACGUUACUGGACCGCAACACAGAACUUGAGGAGUCUCUGCAGCAGAUGUAUGACACCAACCAGGAACAGAUCCAGGAAAUUGAGUAUCUGACAAAGCAGGUGGAACUUCUGAGACGCAUGAACGAGCAGCACGCCAAGGUGUAUGAGCAGCUGGACGUCACCGCCAGAGAGCUAGAAGAUGCCAAUCAGAAGCUGGUGCUGGAGAGCCGAUCCUCACAGCAGAAGAUUGUAAGUUUGACAGACACUAUUGAAAGUUUACAGAUUCACAUUGAUGAUCUCCAGAAACAAAUGGAAGAUCUGAAGAAGCCAGGGCAUGUGCGUCGUAGUCGUGAGGGAUUUGACCAGUCUAGAUCAACACACAGCUUCUCCUGUCUGAAGGAACUCUAUGACCUGCGCAAGUAUUUUGUUUAUGAUCACGUCUUUGCCGAGAAGAUCACCUCUCUGAACACGCAACCUGGUCCUCUUGAGGAGGAAAAUGAGCAUCUCAAGAAAACCUUGGCUGUUCUGGAGGCACAGCUCAGCCUAGAACGUAAGAAGAGGGAAACCUUAGAGGACGAAUAUAAUCAGGUCUUGAAAGAAAAUUCUGAGUUAGAACAGAUUCUUAAAGAUAGAGAUUCCUAUCAUGCCCGGGCAGAAGAGCUGGAAGCUGAGGUGGCUGAAAUGCGUCAGAUAUGUCGGUCAGAUAGUAUAUUCUCCAGCAGUGUUGAAAAGCUGAUUCCAGAGUCCAUCUUCAUCUCAUUUAAAGAGACUGCAGAAAAGGACUUGGAGUCUGAACCGGUUAUACCAGAAGUAGGAAAAAAGCCUUUAAAAAGGAGCAGCAGUGAGCUGGUCCUUCCCACUGCUGCCGCAGAAUCCAUUUGUAAUGGUCAUGAGGAGACCUGUAUCAGGAGGACGGAGGCUGUGAAGCAAAGGGGAAUUUCUCUGCUCAACGAGGUGGACUCUCAGUACAGUGCUCUUAAAGUUAAAUACGAGGAGCUUCUUCAGCGCUGUGAGAUGGAGGAUGACUUCUUCAGUCACAAGGCUGUCCAGACCUCAAAGCUGUCCAACAUGUCAGACAACUCUCCACCAAAUACCCUACAUUCCACCAAUCACCACCCCAUCUCGCCUGCGUCCCAGCCGGAGUAUAAAGUUCUUUUUCAGGAAAUAUUUAGUUGCAUCAACAAAACCAAAGAAGAGAUCAGCGAGCAUCGAACAAAAUACAAACUUAUCUCCAACUCCCAGAGCAGCUAGAAUCUUCGUCUCCAUGUGUUUUUCUUCUGUACCCACUACUUAAACUUAAUAUGUUCAUAUGUAUAUUUCCUUCUAAAUUAUUUUUAAGGCUUGAUCAUAAAGACGUCUUAUGGCUACCUCAUCAGCCAAUUACAGUGUCCAACAAGAUGACUUAGAUCGGUGAUAAACUGUAAGAAGUGUAAUCCACUCCCAGAUGUUCACCUUGUUGUAUCUUACAAGCUUUAACCAUCUUUGCCUACCGUGCUCACCAGGAGAAGACCUUAGAGUUGUCCAGGAUCGGAAAAACAUGGCCA